GAAACGCUUUGCAUUGCUUAAUUGUCAGUGGAUUUCUGGUGAAAAUCAACAGUUUUCGUUAAAACAAUGAAACUGCCAACGUUAGCGAUAUUUGUUGUCAGUUUUCUACUGGUUUCGGGUGAGAAGGCACGGUUUGAUAAUUACCGAGUUUAUUCGCUCAAAAUCCAAAACGAAAAGCAGCUCGAGGCUCUGCAAGACUUAGAAAACUUUCAAAGCAGCAUGUUCUAUUUGGAAGCGCCAAUUUCGAUCUACAAAUCAGCUGAAAUCAUCGUUCCACCACACAAAUUUGCUGAUAUAGCCGACUUUUUCGACGAAUUUAAAAUCGAAAAUGUGAUUCGAGUUGACAAUUUGCAAAAAUUGAUUGACGAAGAGCAGCCCAAGAUUUCACCUCGUGGAACAUUUGGAUGGGACAAAUACUACGAUUUACCUGAUAUUUACAAUUGGCUUGACGAACUUUUGCAACAGUAUCCAGAUAUCCUAACAAACUACGAUGUCGGAACAUCUUACAAAAAUCGAACUAUUCGUGCCGUGAAAUUGUCAAAGAAAAAGAAUAAUUCAACCGUAUUCAUUGAAUCAACUAUACAUGCACGUGAAUGGAUCAGUGUAGCCACCGCAACAUAUAUUCUGAACGCGUUAUUGACCUCGAAUGAUCCAGAAGUGCAAUCACUGGCUCAAAAUUACGACUGGAUCAUUGUUCCUGUAUUGAAUGUCGACGGAUUUGCUUACACACAUUCGAAUAAUCGAUUGUGGAGAAAAACUCGUCAACCAUAUGGCUCAGGAUGUGUUGGAGCUGAUCCGAACCGAAACUUUGAUUUCCAUCACAAUGACGUUGGAUCAUCAUCAAACCCAUGCUCGGAGAUUUUUGCGGGACCAAAACCAUUCUCGGAACCAGAAGCACUAGCUUUAUCCAAGUUCGUAGAGUCGAUUGGCUCAAUUAAUCUGUACAUUGCAUUCCAUUCGUACAGUCAAUUGCUUAUGUUCCCAUAUGGGCAUACAACUGACCCAGCACCGAAUCACGAUGAUAUGUUGCAAAUUGGUGAAAAAACCAUCGAAGCAAUUGCAAAACGAUAUGGAACCGAUUAUAAAACCGGCGAUAGUGCAACCACAAUUUAUUUGACGUCAGGUAGUAGUGUCGAUUGGGCUUAUAGAGUAGCGAAAGUACCGAUUACAUACACUUUUGAAUUCCGGGACAAAGGUCAAAAUGGCUUCAUUUUGCCUGCAGACCAAAUCAUUCCCAAUUCCGAGGAAAUACUUGACGGUCUCGUAGCAAUGGUGAAAGAAGCAAAGGAACUCAAUUAUUUGUAACGAAAAUGAAAUACGCGUGAUGAUCGUAACAAAACAUCGAGAUUAUGUAAAAUAUCAUUUAUCCCCAAAUGUGAAAAUGUUCAAGUGGUUGGCGGUUUGGAUAAAAGUAGAACAAAAACAAUGUCUUUUUUCGACAUAGAAGAUUGCACGGUAAAAAAAUGUCAAG